AAUAUAAAUUUUCUUUUUUGAAAACCAUAUGGUAUAUCAAAGGAGGGUAGAACAAACUUCAUGACUUUUCUACCAAACCUAACCUUUCUUCUUCUUCCUCCCUAAACCUCUCCUAUUCCUCUCCUUCCCCAACACUAUCUCUUAACAUUUUCUCACAGAAAUAAAAAAUUCUGCCAAUACUUUCCCAAAAACAAACACACUAAAAAAAAAAAUGGAUUACCCAAAACAAUCUCCUGGACCCAAUAUUGCAUUCUUCUUUAUCUUCCUUUCAAUUGUUCUUUAUCUUUCGAUUUGGUCUUCUUCUCUCACAAACCCUUUUCGUUCUUUUCUACAAACUCAAUGCACAAUUCCCAACACAACCGCCAUUGAUGCACCUGUUGAUGAACUCGAAGCAGCUUUAUCAAAAGCUUCAAUGGCUAACAAAACGUUGAUAAUUGCGGUUAUAAACAAGGCAUAUGCAAACCAAGAAAUCAGAGACGACACCACCAUGCUCGACCUUUUCCUUGACAGCUUCUGGUUAGGGGAGGACACGAAAGCACUUCGUGAUCAUCUUCUACUUGUGGCGGUUGAUCGCACGGCUUACGAUCGCUGCCGGUUCUUGAAGUUGAACUGUUACAAAUUGGAAACAGACGGUGUUGAUUUCAAAGGAGAAAAGCUUUACAUGUCGGAGGAUUUUAUUAAGAUGAUGUGGAGAAGAACUUUGUUUCUCUUGGAGGUUCUCAAACGCGGUUACAAUUUCAUAUUCACGGAUAUGGAUGUGAUGUGGCUAAGGAAUCCAUUUUCAAAGCUAAGCAAAAACGAAACAGAGGAUUUACAAAUAAGCACAGAUGUAUUCUCAGGAGAUCCAUGGGAUGAAAAGCAUUGGAUAAACACAGGGUUUUACUUUAUAAGAUCAAACAACAAAACCAUUGCACUAUUUGAUAAGUGGUACUCCAUGAAAGACAAUUCCACAGGUCAAAAAGAACAAGAUGUGCUAUUGAAUUUGAUGAGAGGUGGUGUUAUUGGAGAAUUAGGGCUUAAAGUGAGGUUUCUGGAUACCCUAUAUUUUAGCGGUUUUUGCCAAGAAAGCAAGGAUUUUAAGGCCGUGACAACCGUCCAUGCAAAUUGUUGCAGGAGCAUCAAUGCUAAGGUUCAUGAUCUAAGGGCUGUGCUUAGAGAUUGGAAGAAGUUCAACAAGUUUAUGUCUUAUAAAAGGUUUGCUAACACUACGAUGAAUUUCCGAUGGACCGGACAUUUUGGAUGCUGGGAUUCAUGGAGGAAGGGGAAUCAGACUAAAAGUUGAUGAGAAGGAAAAGGAUAAGAGAAAAAAAGAAAGAUUAAUUUUUUCAAAGGAGGAUUUUUUACUUGCAAAUAGUAAGCUUCACAUUAUUGAAUUUGUAGAGAACUUGAAUACCAUAUUAUAUAAAUGCAGGGAGGGGAAUGUGUAACAAAUCUCCUUUUCUCAUGGAGCAUAUAUAUAUAAAUUGUGUUUUGCAUGCACGUAUAAAUAUAGAUCUCUCUUUUUCA